AUGAACCGCGGAUCUGGACCCCAGAACAUCUUCCGCACGCUCGAGCGACUGCGACAGCAGGCUCAGCAAGCAUCACAGCAAUUCAACAAUGCAGGCAAGCCUGGUGGAAGCAGCGGUGGCAGUGGAGGUAGCGGAGGCGGAGGACGUGGAGGCCCGCCCAACCUCGCCAACAUUCUCGGUGGUUCUGCCGGUAUCGUGGCACUCGUCGCGCUCGGUUUCGGUGUCAACAUGUCGCUCUUCAACGUGGAUGGUGGUCACCGAGCGAUCAAGUACUCGCGCUUGUCAGGUAUCAAGGACACCAUCUUCAACGAAGGUACUCAUUUCAUGAUCCCCUGGUUUGAAAAGCCCAUCGACUACGACGUUCGAGCUAAGCCCCGCAGCAUCGCUUCGCUUACAGGUACCAAGGAUCUUCAGAUGGUCUCGCUCACCUGCCGUGUCCUGUCUCGUCCACGCAUCGAUGCGCUUCCCACCAUCUUCCGCGAGCUCGGCGUGGAUUACGACGAGCGUGUCUUGCCGUCGAUCGUCAAUGAGGUGCUCAAGUCGGUCGUUGCGCAGUUCAACGCUUCGCAGCUCAUCACCCAGAGAGAGAUGGUGUCGAGGUUGGUUCGUGACAACUUGACUGCACGCGCACAGCGCUUCAACCUUGUGCUCGAUGACGUUUCCAUCACCCACGUCUCCUUCUCGCCCGAAUUCACCCACGCCGUCGAGGCCAAGCAGAUUGCACAGCAAGCUGCGCUCCGCGCCGCUUUCUUGGUCGAUCAGGCUAUCCAGGAGAAGGCUUCCAUCAUCGUCAAGGCACAGGGUGAGGCCAAGUCCGCCGAACUCAUCGGUGAAGCCGUCAAGAAGAACAAGGGUUUCCUCAAGCUCCGUAAGCUUGAAGCGGCUCGUGACAUUGCUACCAUCCUUUCGCAAGCCGGUUCGAACAACAAGGUAUUGCUCGACGCCGAUACACUGCUGCUCAACGUUGCCAACGAGGAUCCUCUCCACUCUUAG